AUGUUGAGAUUGCUCAUGGUAAACGUACGAAACCUGACCGCGUAUACAACGCUGGUCUACAUAACGGCCGUUGCGUUCACCGUAAUAAUCAUGUCCGUACUGGUGAUCAACAAUCUAGAUAUUAAUUUCAUACACAGAUACUAUUCACAGGCCGUAUUGAACUUCCAGUUGGCCGUCGAUAACAGGCCAGAGUCGACAACAGUGACCAUCGACUACCAGUUCAUUGUCGACCACAACUCCGAGACCAGUAAAGCCAAACACAUUGGCAGCCAAUGGCCGCCAGACCUUAAGGCCAAAGUGGCCGCUAAAGUGCCAGAAAGGCUAUGGUUUCUGCCGAACGGCACGGGGAGGUUGACGGCUCCCGAGGCCGCCCGACUGGCCCUCUGGCCCGAAGAAAGUCCGACCCCCGGCUACGAUCGCAUUGUCAAUCAGUUACUAUACGUGCCGUUGACUUAUAACCGGAGUCAGUCCAACGAUCGCCAUAAGACCAUAUACUUGCACAUUAUGGACAACGAGUGGCCCCUGGCGUUGGGUCGCAAGGAGUUUCUCCGCUGUCCGGUCAGCACAUGUCAAUUGGUGCCCAGAAGUCACGCCCCGAAAGCCGAUAUGAUUUUCUUUAAGAGUCGGUACGGGUUUGCGGACUUCGCUGAGAAUCGUAAGCCCAGCCAAAUAUGGGCCAAAUUUGAGUUGGAAAGUCCCGGCAAUAUACAACUUCUGGGGCCCGACAAUCAGAUCAAUUGGACGGUAACCUACCGGCACGACUCGGAAGUGGCCACACCUUAUUACAAGUACUUUGAGUACCCGCCUCACGAGCGAUCGGCAACUAAUACGGCCAUGGUCAAUUACGCGCUCAACAAAACCAAAAAGGUGAUCUGGUUUGUGUCCAACUGUUACGCCAAUAACAAGCGACUCGAAUACGCCAAAGAGUUGGCCAAACAUAUCCAGGUAGACAUCUAUGGUCGUUGCGGAUCACUUGAAUGCAAAAAAUCAGACAACGAUUUGUGUCAACAAAUGCUGGACAAAGACUAUAAGUUUUAUCUAUCGUUUGAAAACUCCAAUUGCAUCGACUAUAUCACUGAGAAGUUCUGGGCCAAUGGAUUAAUGCACAAUAUAGUGCCGAUAGCGAUGGGCGCCCACCCGUCCACCUAUAAACUGUUGGCACCGCCGCACUCAUACAUACACGUCGACGACUAUGACUCGCCGGCAGAGUUGGCCCGAUAUCUGCACCGACUCGACGCCGACGACCGGCUUUACAACCAGUACUUCGCGUGGAAAGGGAGGGGAGAAAUACGCGGUAUACACAUGUGGUGCCGCCUCUGCGCCCUAUUACACGCCCCCCGUAGCGAACGCUACUAUACAAGUCUCCAGAGGUGGUGGUCCACCAAGGACACUUGCGUCCCAAUCACCUGGACCAAUAUACUUCUUCUUCUUGGGCUCAGACACCACAUCCACCACCUCUUCGUCGGCCACCACUUCGACCGCUUCCUGAGCCACAGCCUCUUCAGCCACAGCGGGCGCCGACUUCUUCACACGUUUCUCCGUUUCCUUUACUUUCGGCGCCUUUUUGUUGUCCUUUUUGGCGGUCUUUGGCGCCGCUUUGGCCGCGGGUUUGGGCUUAGACUCGACCACUGGCUCGGGCUCUGCCUCCUCGACGGCUACCUCGGGUUCCUCCUCGACGACCACCUCUUCCUCCUCGGGCUCUACGAUCUCGACAUUGCGCUCAACCCUAACCUUCUCCUCGACCACCGCCUCCACCGACUGUUCCUCUACUACCGACGCCUCCUCGGCCUGUCGUCGGCCCCUCUUUCUGGUCUCCUGUUGUGUAAUGAAAUAUUAUUUGUAUAA